UCCCGAACAAAAGGCAAAACGGAUUGCAUAACCGUCUCACACUCCCGAACAAUCCCUGGUGUGUGGGUAGCGCGCCACUGGAAGCUGGUUUGUCUUGGAAGAAAAAUAAACUGUGCUAACUAACUAAGUAACUCUGUAACAAGGCUUUGGGCAGGGGAACAUACCGGCAGGAGCUCGGACAUCGAGGCGGUGACUGGCUGGGAAGUUUUUUUUGGGAAACUCUGUGACCGUUGGGAGUUUGAUGAUCGGUGACGCUCGAGACACAUGACUGGAACUUUCUCUCUCCUCCUGUGGAAAAUGGCGGCCUGGAGUUUCCAGGAGAAAUGAGGAAAAACUGGUGGAAAAAAAACACUCGCAAGUUCAAGGAAGUUUAAACGCAACCAUGACGCGCUGGAUUCCCAGCAAAAAGGAGAAAUAUGGAGUGGCAAUAUACAAUUAUGACUCCAGGGAGGAAGUGGAACUUCCUCUGCAGAUUGGUGAUACUGUGCACAUUUUGGAAACCUGUGAAGGUUGGUAUAGAGGGUAUACACAUCGUCGCAAAGCUAAAAAGGGUAUUUUCCCUGCUUCGUAUAUUCAGCUGAAGGAAGCAACAGUUGAAGGCAAGGGGCAACAUGAAACUGUUAUACCAAAUGAGCUCCCAUUGGUUCAGGAAGUCACUACAACUCUUCGAGAAUGGUCGAGUAUAUGGCGCCAGUUGUAUGUUAAUGACAACAAAGAGAUGUUCAGCCGAGUUAGACAUAUGAUGUACGAUCUUAUUGAAUGGCGCUCCCAGAUUCUUUCUGGAACACUCCCGCAAGAUGAACUGAAGGAACUGAAGCAAAAAGUCACUGCCAAAAUAGAUUAUGGCAACAGAAUCCUUGAUCUUGAUUUGGUGGUGCGAGAUGAAGAUGGCAAUAUUUUAGAUCCUGACCAAACUAGCACCAUCAGUCUGUUUAGAGCUCACGAAAUGGCAUUGAAACGGAUAGAAGAAAGAAUCGAGGAAGAAAAGUCUCAGAAGCAUAACAUUGACAUAAACAGGCAAGCAAAGUUUGCUGUCACACCUUCUUUCAGUCUCUUUGUAACUUUGAAGAAUGUUGUCUGCAAAAUAGGAGAAGAUGCCGAAGUCUUAAUGUCUUUAUAUGAUCCUAUUACGUCCAAGUUUAUCAGUGAGAACUACCUAGUACGAUGGGCAAGCUCGGGCCUUCCAAAAGACAUAGACCGACUAAACAACCUCAAAGCCGUAUUUACUGAUCUUGGCAGCAAAGAUCUUAAGAGAGAAAAAAUUAGCUUUGUGUGUCAAAUUAUCAGAGUGGGUCGCAUGGAGCUGAAAGACAACAAUACCAAGAAAUUCACUACAGGGUUGAGAAGACCCUUUGGAGUGGCAGUUAUGGAUGUCACUGACAUUAUUACUGGGAAAGUGGAUGACGAGGACAAACAACAUUUUAUUCCAUUCCAACCGCUAGCAUUGGAUGACGCCAUUCGACACAAGCAGCUGAACAUAUCAUCCCGUUUUUCAUCCAGGGUGGCAGGGGAGAAUGACUUCCUUCAGACUGUGAUAAAUAAAGUAAUUGCUGCCAAGGAAGUAAACCACAAGGGUCAAGGUUUGUGGGUUACAAUGAAGUUGCUGUUAGGUGAUGUUCAUCAGAUUCGAAAAGAUUUUCCACAUCUAGUUGACAGAACCACUGCUGUUGCAAGAAAAAUGGGUUUCCCUGAGAUAAUAAUGCCUGGUGAUGUUCGUAAUGACAUAUAUGUUACACUAGUGCUAGGGGAGUUUGACAAAGGCAAUAAAACAACUUCCAAGAAUGUAGAGGUCACAAUGACAGUAUAUGAUGAAGAAGGCAAGCGUUUGGAGAAUGUAAUUUUUCCUGGUGCGGGAGAUGAAGGUAUCUCUGAAUACAAGUCAGUUAUUUACUAUCAAGUGAAGCAACCCCGUUGGUUUGAGACAGUAAAGGUGGCAAUCCCUAUUGAGGAUGUGAAUAGAAGCCAUUUAAGGUUCACAUUUCGCCAUCGAUCAUCUCAAGAUUCGAAAGACAAAUCUGAGAAGAUAUUUGCAUUGGCAUUUGUGAAGCUAAUGAGAUAUGACGGAACUACGCUAAGAGAUGGUGAACAUGACCUAAUUGUGUACAAGUCAGAUGCCAAAAAACUGGAAGAUGCAGCACUGUACUUAAAUCUACCUGCGACUAAAACGACACUUGAAGAGAAAGGCUUCGCAAUGACUGGGAAGAAUAUGCACAGUUUUGGAAACUUUUCCAUCAGCAAAGACUCGUUUCAAAUUUCCACUUUGGUUUGCUCAACAAAACUUACACAGAAUGUCGACCUCCUGGGACUUUUGAAAUGGCGGUCAAACACAAAUUUACUGCAGCAGAACUUGAGACAACUGAUGAAGGUGGAUGGAGAAGAAGUUGUUAAGUUUUUGCAAGAUACACUUGAUGCACUUUUUAACAUCAUGAUGGAGAAUUCUGACAGCGACACUUUUGACACCUUAGUAUUUGAUUCUUUGGUAUUUAUUAUUGGACUUAUUGCUGAUAGGAAAUUUCAGCAUUUCAACCCUGUACUUGAAACCUAUAUCAAAAAGCACUUUAGCGCAACCUUGGCUUACACGAAACUUACCACAGUACUGAAAAACUAUGUGGACAAUUCAGAGAAACCUAAUGUGACAGAUCAACUUUAUAAAGCGAUGAAAUCCUUAGAAUAUGUCUUCAAAUUCAUUGUUCGUUCCCGAAUACUCUUCAAUCAAUUGUAUGAGGAUAAUGGAGAAACUAACUUCAUGGAUUCCUUGAGGCAGCUCUUCAGGUCAAUCAAUGACAUGAUGAACAGCACUUCAGAUCAGACAGUAAUAGUUAAGGGAGCAGCUUUGAAGUACCUGCCAACAAUUGUCAAUGAUGUGAAAUUGGUAUUUGAUCCGAAGGAACUUAGUAAACUAUUUACAGACUUUAUCCACAAAGUUCCAUCAGGCAGACUUGUGCUUCAGAAACUGUACUGUUUGAUAGAAAUCGUGCACAGUGACCUCUUCACACAGCAUGACUGCAGAGACAUCCUUCUACCAAUGAUGACUGAACAACUAAAGUAUCAUUUGGAGAAACAAGAGGAAUUGAAGGCAUGCUGCCAUCUGCUUAGCAACAUUUUGGAAGUACUCUACAGGAAAGAUGUGGGACCAACUCAGCGACAUGUCCAGCUCAUUAUGGAGAAGCUAUUGAGAACUGUAAACAGAACUGUCAUCUCCAUGGGACGUGAUUCCGAUCUAAUUGGUAACUUUGUUGCUUGCAUGACAGCCAUUCUGAGGCAGAUGGAAGAUUAUCAUUAUGCCCAUUUAAUCAAGGUCUUUGGGAUAAUGAGAUCAGAUGUCGUGGAUUUUUUGAUGGAGACGUUCAUUAUGUUCAAAGAUCUCAUUGGAAAGAAUGUCUAUCUUGCUGAUUGGGUUAUAAUGAACAUGAUGCAAAAUAAAGUCUUCCUCCGAGCAAUAAAUCAGUAUGCAGAUAUACUGAACAAGAAAUUUCUUGAUCAGACAAAUUUCGAGCUACAGUUAUGGAACAACUACUUCCAUCUGGCCGUUGCUUUUCUCACUCAAGAAUCGCUUCAGUUGGAGAAUUUCUCAGGUGCAAAACGAGCCAAGAUAAUCAGCAAAUAUGGUGACAUGAGAAGACAAAUUGGAUUUGAGAUCAGGGACAUGUGGUAUAACCUUGGCCAGCACAAAAUCAAGUUUAUCCCAGAAAUGGUUGGCCCGAUCUUGGAGAUGACUCUUAUUCCAGAAACUGAACUGCGAAAAGCUACAAUUGCAAUAUUCUUUGAUAUGAUGCAAUGUGAAUUUCAUUCAACAAGAAGUUUCCAGAGGUUUGAAAAUGAAAUCAUAACCAAGCUUGAUCAUGAGGUGGAAGGAGGCAGAGGGGAUGAACAGUACAAAGUGCUAUUCGAAAAGAUCCUUCUGGAACACUGUAGAAAACACAAGUAUCUUGCUAAGACCGGUGAAAAUUUUGUCAUGCUGGUUGUUAGGCUUAUGGAGAGGCUUUUGGAUUACAGAACAAUUAUGCACGAUGAAAAUAAAGAAAACCGUAUGAGUUGUACAGUUAAUGUACUGAACUUCUACAAAGAAAUCGAGAGAGAAGAAAUGUACAUCCGGUACUUAUAUAAACUUUGCGAUCUACACAAAGAAUGUGAUAACUACACUGAAGCUGCUUACACAUUACUGCUUAAUGCAAAGCUUCUUAAGUGGUCUGACCAGCCAUGUGCAGCUCACCUAAAUCAGAGAGAUGGAUACCAAGCGCAGACCCAAGGCCAACUGAAAGAACAGCUUUACCAGGAAAUUAUCCACUACUUUGACAAGGGAAAGAUGUGGGAGGAGGCCAUUUCUAUAGGCAAAGAACUUGCAGAACAGUAUGAAAAUGAACUAUUUGAUUAUGAACAACUGAGUGAAUUGCUGCAAAAACAAGCUCAAUUCUAUGAGAACAUUGUUAAAGUGAUACGAGCAAAACCAGAUUAUUUUGCUGUUGGAUACUACGGUCAAGGCUUUCCUUCAUUUAUCCGGAACAAAAUGUUCAUUUACAGAGGAAAGGAAUAUGAGCGGCGGGAAGAUUUUGAAGCAAGACUGUUCACUAUAUUUCCCAAUGCAGAAAAAAUGAAGACAACAUCUCCUCCAAGUGAUGACAUUAAAAACUCUUGUGGACAAUAUAUUCAAUGUUUCACAGUGCAAACCAUACGUGAACUGCCACCAAAAUUCAAGAACAAGAUGGCGUCUGAACAAAUAUUGAGUUUUUACACAGUGAAUGAAGUACAGAGGUUCCAGUAUUCAAGACCCAUCAGGAAAGGAGAGAAAGAUCCUGACAAUGAAUUUGCUAAUAUGUGGAUUGAAAGGACCACAUACGUGACUGCAUACAAAUUGCCUGGCAUCCUGAGAUGGUUUGAAGUGAAAUCUGUCUCAACGAUUGAGAUAAGCCCUUUGGAGAAUGCUAUUGAGACAAUGCAGUUAACAAAUGAGAAGAUCACUAACAUGGUUCAACAACACAUGAAUGACCCAAGUCUGCCCAUUAACCCUCUGUCCAUGCUGCUGAAUGGAAUCGUUGAUCCUGCAGUGAUGGGGGGUUUCACCAAUUAUGAAAAGGCAUUCUUCACGGAAAAAUACAUGCAAGAACACACUGAAGAUCUUGAGAAGAUUGAAAAGCUCAAGGACCUUAUAGCUUGGCAGAUCCCAUUCUUGAAUGAAGGUGUACGAAUCCAUGGUGAGAAAGUAACUGAAGCAUUGAGACCUUUCCAUGAGAGAUUGGAAACCUGUUUCAAAGAAUUAAAAGAAAAAGUGGAGAGACAAUAUGGAGUCAAAUCAUGUCCUAUAAAUCCAGAUGAGCGCAGAGGAAGCAGGCCUCGUUCAAUGGUACGAUCCUUCACAAUGCCAUCAACUCCAAGACCUUUAUCAGUUGCAUCAGUGUCCUCCAUGUCAUCUGACAGUACCCCAUCUAGGCCUGGUUCUGAUGGAUUUAUUCUUGAGCCACUUCUUCCAAAGAAAAUGCAUUCAAGAUCUCAGGAUAAGUUGGACAAAGAUGAAACAGACAAAGACAAGAGGGAACGAAGAAAGGAAAAAAGGAAUAGCAAACAUCAGGAAAUGUUUGACAAAGAAUUUAAAACUACUGAUAUUUCUGGCCAGUCUACAGAGGCAGUGAUUCUCUCUGAAACGAUCAGUCCAUUACGACCACAAAGACCAAAGAGCCAGGUGCUUAAUAUGUCAGCUGAUAAACGGUUGACUGCACCACCAAUAUCAUCGCCAGUAACUCCCAAACCCAAGUUAUCCUUCUCCUUACAACCUGGCCUGAAUGUAGAUCUCAAUGGCUCAGAUAAUCCUGAGCAGACUGGACUACCACCUCCUCUUCCUCUCAAAAGCAACUCCAGUGAUUAUGGGACUCUGACCGAUAGUCAAGAUCCUGCCAUUUCUAUCACACCUGUACAAUCAAGGCUCCCACCACCUCUACCAAGCAAGACACCACCUCCUCCUCCUCCUCCAAAAGCUGCUCGGAAGCAAACUUCUGUAGAUUCUGGGAUUGGACAGUGAUUUAUUUCACAGAAUUAUUUACCAAUUCUAGCUACACAAUUCCAAUUCAAAAGACGAAAAAUGCAGUCUGCAAAUUUAUUUUUUUGGGCUUUCAAACUGAGGGACUGAAACAAAAUUAUACAUCUCAUUUAGAUCUACACCAUCAACAAUUGCAGUGAUUCCUAUUAUAACAAUGAGACAUAAAGUAUGUACUUUAACCAACAGAUUCUGCUGAGCUUUAAAUAUUGGUUUAGAAACUAAUUCAAUGCGCUGGAUUUUGCAGUCAGUGGUAAAAUGAUGUUACCCAUCACUGACUUUGAAGACACUAUGGUGUGAAUUUCAUCUUUGCUAACAUUAAUUUCAAACUGGCGCCAAGUUAUUAAAAUCUCUAGAGAUCCAGCAGCAGUAGUAACAUUGAAUAGAGUGAGCAACCUAUUACAUUGGAGUAUGCUGACAGCACCAAGCCAGGAAGGAAAAUGCACUUAAUUAUCUUUUUAAAUUUUAGAGUGUGUGGGGUAAAUGAUUGGUCAUAAAUAUUAGAAGUUGGAAUAUCAUAAACAUCUAAGGAAAUUUAAAAGCUAAGAAUUUUUUGCAAUGGAAAAAUAUGACAUUGCACAAAUAUAAUGUUAGUUUUCUAGAAUGAAAGAGGUACACUGUUGAAAUUAAAUUGCAGCGCAUUAAUAAGGCAUUAUGUUUUGGGAAUGUGGGGUGCUCAACAGAAAUAUUACUAUGUAAAAGAUAAAGUUCUGAUCAGUUCAGUGAUUUCUAACUGAUUACAGACUUCAACAGUGCUGCCUUUGGAGAAGCAUGGAGCCAUUUACAACUAUUUCCAUGUUUAACUUUGCGUAUGUAGAUUCCAAAAAUUGUUAUUUUCAUAAAUGUAAUGACUGAAAACAUGAUCAGUUUCACCAUCAUUACUACUGCAACAUCCGGACCAAUGACUCUGACUAGAAAAGCACAUGCAUGUAUUACUUUUAUUGGUUUCAGUUUAAGUAGCUACUCAGCACUCCAUUCUCAGAUAUAAAAUUUUGCUUACUUUUCAAAUAAGACGGGUAAAGUAAUAGUCUUUGAAACCAAUUACUGCUUUGUCAAUGGAGUGUAAUCAUUAUGUACAGAGGUUUGUAUAUAUAUGAAGCUGAAAAUUUUAAAACUCCUUUUAUUACAAUUGCUUAGUAUAAUUCUGCAAAUCGAUUUAUUCCUUGUAAGAGCUUUUUAGAAUUUUAAAGCCUGUUGACUGUAAACUAUUGGUCAUAUUUUGCUAAAUGGUCAUGUUUUAGUUGUAUUUAAUAGGGUCAAAAUGGGAAAUGGAAAAUGCCAACUAGCUCUUUCUACAGUUCUUUUCUUAUGAGCUUAUGAUUUCUAAAAUUAAUUUUUAACAUUUUCUGUAAUCAUGAUAUGAUUAAAACUAGAAUAAUCAGAAUUCACUACUGA